AUGACUAAUCUGGGCUCAUCAGCAAUCGCUUGGUUGUCUCCCACACGUGUUGCCCAAGUUUUUACCGAAUCGACCAAUAGUUUCUUCCCUUGCCGCCCAGUCCCCAUUUCGUCAUUGCCAGCAACACCGGAAUUCAUAUUCUCGAAAAAUACAGAGAAGAAAUUCUUCUUUCAAAAACAGAGGAAAACGGAAUUACAAAUCAAGAAGGACGAGGAUUUUACGUGUUUUACUGUAAAAAGUACAACUAAGACGAGCUUCAGGAAAACAAUGACGAAGACAAUGGGUUGGCGACUUGCUUCUUCUGCUGCCGCAGAGCAGGGUGAUCGUGAUUACAUGGAGGACGUCACUUCGGUCCAGUUCGAGCGAGUAAGCUCCUCGAAAGGUUCUACUGAAGACGCGAGCUUCGCCGUUUACGACGGGCAUGGUGGCUCAGAAGCUUCGCUCUUUGCUAAGGAUCAUCUUAUGGAAUUCAUCAAAGAAGAAGAGGGCUUCUACUCGAGGGACGUCGAAACUGUCAUGCGGGCGAUUCGAUCUGGAUUUCUUUCUUGCCACGAGGCUAUGCUUGAAAAGCGACCCAAGUGGCCAUAUCGACACAACCACCUCAGCAAUGCUGGAACGACCGUUGCGCUAGUGAUUAUCCGUGGCGACCUAAUGUACGUUGCUCACGCUGGGGAUUCUGCAGUGAUCAUGGCAACUCAAAAGGAUAAAAAGACUCCUCUGCAAGCGAUGUUGUUGACAGAGGACCACAAGCCCGAAAGUCCGAAAGAGAAGAGUCGAAUUGAAAGAAACGGUGGCCGCGUGCUCAAAAGCAAGAGUAGCUACCGAGUGUGCUGGGAAAGAGUGAAUCACCCGGGAACAAAGUUCGAAUGGACAGAUCACAUGCCUUACUUGGGCAUCGCCAGAAGCUUAGGGGACUUUUGGUCCUGGAACGAGCGAUCCAAAACGUACUUGGUUUCGCCUGUUCCCGACAUCAAAGUCUACGACUUGGAGAAAACCGGCGCUCGCUACAUCAUCCUCGUUUCUGACGGAAUCACCAACACGAUGAGAGCUCGCGAUAUGGUGGGCAUCGUCGCCGACUUUGAAGAGCGAAAGAAACGGGGCGAAGUCAAAGGAGUAACAGCCGCCAGCGUGCUUGUCAAAAAAGCUCUCUCCUUGUGGUCGGAUCAUCACAAGCGCGCGGAUAACAGCUCUGCAAUCGUCGUCAAGAUCGAAAAGGCACUGAUUGAGGCCAAGAACGCGAAAGGAAGUUUCUUGGAAAGCUGGGUGAGCACGGAAAACAACCGUUUGGUUAGGACUCCCGUCUCGGAAAAUCGCGCGAAGAAAAUCCUUGAGCUUCGAUUCCAGGAAGUCGAUCAGCAGCUCAAGACGCCAAGAAAGAGAAUGAUCCACGAAUGCAACAACUUGCUUUCUCCAGAGGAAUCAGUGGAUUCUCCGCCAUCGAAGAAAGCAAAAACAGCAGUGAAAUUGAAGCCGAGACGUUCGCUCCGACUGGCCGUGAAAAGCUGCGAUCCCCUUCUGACUCGCUCUGCUGCACGAAAACGCUCGUCCCUCUGA